UCCGAAAAUCUCAUUCGUAAUGGCCGCCCAUAAGUAAAAACGUGUCCCGCUGCUGAAGAACAAUUUCGUACGUUUGCGCUAGCUAAACUCCUUAAAAUAUAGCUGUAAACGCUGUGGCAGUGGUAAAUACGCCGAAAAUCACAUCAAUUGGUCAUUUCGCAAGCAAAAUACUUGCCAAAGAGUGUGAAAAAUAUUUUUAUCAGCCAAAACGAUAACACAAAAACCAAGGGGAAAUAAUAAUAAAUAAUAACAAAAGGAAGAAGAACCAAAUUUUGACUUUUGCCUAAAACGAUGAUGAACUGAAAUGUGCAAAUUUGAUGAACGUAAUUAUGCCAAUUCACACAGAACCUUCGAUUUCAACGUGAAAAAUGUCGUCGACACAUUUGCUGCAUUCGCUGUCACUGUUGUUGCUACCACUGCGUUGUCUACGUAAUUGCCACCAGAUCGUUUCCUUGGCCGUUAUCCUGCUGUCGGCGCUGUCAGCUAGAGUUCCCAAGGAUCAAGGACGACGACAGCCGGGGGAGGAGGCGGAGGAGCGGCAGGAGGAGCGACAGGAGGAGGAGCGGGCGGAGGAGGAGGACACGCCCUAUAUAGUCGCCAAUCCACACCCAAUCCCCACCAGCAGUGGCACUACGUCUUCGGCCAGGGGAACGGGCACAGGGGCUGCGUUAACCAGCUGGCAGAGCAGCCACAGCCACCGCAGCCCCGGUGCUCAGGAUCGGGAUCGGUAUCAGGAGCAGGAGGAGCACCUGUUGGAUCCCAAGAAUCCGCAGUCCCAUCUCCAACUCCAGCUAACAAAAACAGCCAGGGGAACGAGUAGAGGAGCGAUCACAACGCUAAUCCCGCAACGGAGUAGAUCCUCCAGAAUCCAGAGUAGCAGUAGCAGCCCGAAUCCCACUGCCCACUGCUGUUGGACAGCCGGAGCAGCGCUAGCAUCCAUAGCCACCUAAGAAAACACUCAAUACAGCCACAGCAACAGCAAAUAGAAACGUUCCACACACCACCCUCAAAUACCCAAUACCCAAAACCCCCACACAAAUCAAAAGCCAGCAAGAUGUCCAAGCUGUCGUUCAGAGCCCGCCAUUUGGAUCCGUCCAAGCAGAUGCCCAUCUACUUGGCCGAGGAGCUGCCCGACCUGCCCGAGUACUCAGCCAUCAACCGGGCGGUGCCGCAGAUGCCCAGUGGCAUGGAGAAGGAGGAGGAGUCGGAACACCAUCUGCAGCGGGCUAUAUGCGCGGGGCUGAUCAUACCCACGCCCGAGGUCCUGCAGACGGACCAGCCCUUUUACGAUGCCUACUAUCCCCCGGACUACAAAAUGCCCCGCCAAAUGAUCCACAUGCAACCUCUUGGGCUGGACACCGAGGUUCCCGACUACGACAUGGACAGUGCCGACGAGGACUGGCUCAGCCAGCAGCAGCGCUUGGAGCUCACCGAACUUAAGUUCGAGCAGAUGAUGGACCGGCUGGAAAAGAGCUCUGGCCAAACGGUGGUCACGCUGAACGAGGCCAAGUCACUGCUUAAUCAGGACGACGAGACCAGCAUAUCCGUCUACGACUACUGGCUGAACAAGCGCCUCAAGAUGCAACACCCGCUGAUCCUCACAGUGAAAACGGAGAGUCGACCCGGGGCCAGCUCCAAUAAUCCGUACUUGGCCUUUCGGCGGCGCACCGAGAAAAUGCAAACCCGCAAGAAUCGGAAGAACGAUGAGGCCUCCUACGAGAAGAUGCUCAAGCUGCGACGUGACCUGCGACGCGCAACCACUAUACUGGAGAUGGUGCGACGACGCGAGGAGACUAAGCGCGAUCAUCUAAAGAUGACGGUGAACAUCCUUGAGAAGCGCGUCGAGAUGCGCGACUUCAACGGUGCUGUUUACUCGGAGCUGAAUUCUCAGUACAAGAACACAAGACCCGCGUAUAAUCCAUUGUAUACGAAUCAAUACUCACAAGGGGCGGCGGCGGUGGGAACGGCUGGUGCUAUUCUUGCCGCCCUGCCCACGGGUCUGCUGCCGAGCGGUGUUGGAGCGGCGGGCAAUGCGAAUGUCUUCGGCUCAGCGUCGCAGUACCUGAAUACGUCGAAUCUGACAAUGGGUAAGAAUGCCAUCACCAGUGGCAGUGGCAACGGGAGCAGCAGUCGCAAGGAGAAGCGUCCGUACAAGAAGCGCAAGCACAAACUGCCCCGCGACAAGCAGCAACACCAGCAGCAGCCACAACAGCAGCACCAACAGCAGCAGCAACAACAGUAUUUGCCGGGACUGCCGGCGUCUGGAGCCACUGGAGUCUCGCCCGCGCACCACCUGCCCCACCACCUGCACCACCUCAGCAGGCAGCAGAGCGCCUCGCCGGCAGCCAACGACUCGAUCGCGGACAGCGAGGAGGAGGACUACUUUGGCACCGGUGCCCAGAAUGGCAACAAACUGGGCUCCGAGAGCGAGGAGGAGACGCCGUUUGCAUUUAGGCGCAGGUCGAGCUGUAUUUACCUGCCAACUCGUCCCCGAGAUGGUCGCUGGCCUUGGGACUCUGCCGACGAGGAGAUGGCGCCCAGCGGAGCCUGCUCGGAUGCCAAAUACCGUUACACACUGACCUCCAUCAACUAUCCCAGGCCACGUUGCAUCGGCUUCGCGCGUCGUCGUUUGGGUCGUGGCGGUCGCAUCCUCCUUGACCGAGCCACAACGAAUUUCGACGACUUCUGGUCGCAACUUGACUACACGGUGAUGGAGAGCGUGGUGGCCGAUAGAUGUGGCGACAAACUCAAGCAGGAGCAUCCCGAGCAGUUGUGCAAGCCCAGUUCGCCGCCCACGGUGGUGGAUUUGAUUCCCGCCGGAAAGCCCGUCGAAGGAGAUCAGUCUGUUUCCGAUCUGAUAAAGGUGGAACCCCCCAGCGACGUGGAGAAACCUACAGCGGCGGUUAUAGAAUCCGGACAGGAAAGCAAAGAACCGGAGCUAGAAUUGGAAUAUGAAAUGGAUGUGGAGGAUGAAUAUCUGGCCACCGACGAUGAGAAUUUGUCUAGGCUUGGAAUCUACAGCUCAGCAGUCACGUUGCCCCAACAUUGUAUGGAUCUUCGCCAAAAACGUCGCCGCCUGCGUCGCAAAAAGCAGCAACUGCGAGAAUUAAAUGCAGCCAAGCGGCUGAAAAGAUCUUCGGAAGCGGUAGCGACAGCUGGAGAGGUUCAGCUGGAGGAGGAGGACACCAAGCCAGCACUGGGUCCUUUGCCCAGGGCUUAUCUCCAGCGUUUGGCCCUGGUUCUCGGCCAAAAACUCAAAAAGGAAGAGGAUAAGGAAGUUUGCGAGAAUCUGGCACCAGAGCUGCUGGAAAAUAAGGAUCAGGAGCAGUUGCAGCCCCCGCGAGCCAAUCAUCAGCAGCACCACCGUUCCAACAACAACAACAACAACACCGUGUUGAACAACAACAAUAGUAGUAGUAGUAGUAACGUUAUGAAUAAGGAUGUUAGCAUUAGCGAAAAAAUCAAUGUGAUAAAGCAGGAGGCGGAGGAGUGUAUCGUCGGCGGAGGCGAGGAUCAGCCGGUGGCCUCCACCUCGGCAGCCGCGGCCGCCGCUCGAGCUGCUGAAGCAGCCGCUGCAGCAGAGGCAGCCGCAUCGACGGGCACGGUGGCGACAGAGAAUCCGGGACCCUCGCUGGAGGAGGUGGCCAAAACGAUAAAGCGAGAGAUGAUCGAUGCCGACGACUCCAACGAACCGCUGAGCAGCAUUCGCACAGCAGCCGUCCUGCAGUCCACGCAACCCGUUCCCGAACUCAUGGACGAUGAAGCGGAGGACGAUGUCAAUCUCGCCCAGCUAAGCAGCAUCAUUCGGCAUACGGCUGUUAAGAAGGAGCUGGAGGCCCAGCAGCACCAGCAACAGGUGCAGCACGAACAGAUGCAGGCCGCCAGGCGGAUGGAGGAGGAUGAAGCUGCUCCCUGUUUGAACCAGCUGCCUGAUGUGAUUCGCCUGCGAAAUAUACGCAACAGCCAACUGCACGCGAGGCCCAAGGACCUGUUUAUACAAGCUCCUGUUGAGGAAGAGUUCAAUGCGGACUACUUGGGCGGACUGUCGCCAACAUCCAGUCAGCGGUUGGAUAUAUGCCAUGAGCUGCUUUCAGAGAUCCGGCGCGAUUGGCUACACUUCCGACCCAAAACUCCCACGGAUGAGCUGUCCGAUAGCGAGGACUGUGAGGUGGGUAAGCCUUUCGACAUUCACGCGGUAGACUGGACCCAGGACACGCCAAUAAGCGUAGAGUUAAACCGGUUGGGCAAGCGAGAAGCGGAUGAAAAUGAAUCCAACUCAUACUUCCUGAGCAGCGGCUUUAAAUACACGGACCUCGAGUCAGAUGCCCAGCUGUUGCAGACGGUUCAAGUUGAGGAUUAUGCCCGCGGCAGCAGCAAGAGUCCCAACUGUUCGGGAUCCGGAUCGGGAUCUGCUCUGGAAUUCAAUUUGAGCGGCGGCGAUUCGCUGAACGAUAUCAACAAUCUGCUGGGCGAUGACGACGAGGACGACAACCACGAACAUAUGCUGGACAACAUCCUGCAGGAGUGCGCCAUGGAUGAUCCGAAGGCCUUAAAUCAAGCAACCAGUUUCUGGAACGGCAUCCUGGAUGGCGAGGCAGCGGUAGACGAAGUGGAGAUUGCCGACCAACUGUUGGACUGUAUAGACGAGAAGAAACCCAAGGUGGGUGCUACCGAUUCAUCAAAGCGCGCUGGCCGCAAUCGAAAGACGAGAUUAGCGCAAAGUCCGCUGGGCAGUUCCACGUUCACUGUGUGUCCCACAGCGGAGUCUCUCAAGGAGCGCGAUAACUUCUUCAGCCAGGCACCGCCAGUGGUAGUCACACCCAAAGAGGAACCUCCCGCGGAAGUAGAGCAGCCGGAAGUGGUGGCCAAGGAGACAGCGCUAUUACCUGUUAAGGUCGAGCCGGUGGAGAAACCACAGGCGGAGAUCGUUCCUGUUGCCCCACAGACGCAACAGUUGCAGCAACAGGCCAUCGCUUUGCCCACAACGCAGCUGAUCAACAUACCCGCCCAGAUAACCACGCAGAAGCAGCCACAGGUGACACAGUUGCUCAAUCAGUUCGCCAACGCCGGUCCGCAGAUAAUCGCACGCACGGAAUACGGCGGUGGAGCAGCCGUGGGCGACAUAGUGACCAUCACUCCGCACACGGGAAGCAGUCCACUGCCCACACUCACCGCUCAGCAGCAGCUGCAGCACCAGUUGGCGCAGGCUCAACUGCGGAACGUGACCGUCCAGCAGCGACAGGCGACGCCUCAAACCCCCAAUCAGAAUCAGAAUCCCCAGCAGCAGUUGCUCUUCCAGAUGCAGCGGGAUCCCUCGCGCUCCCUGACGCCACUGCAAGCUGCCGGCGCUGGCGCCACGGGCAACCACUUGAUCUACACCACCAGCUGCGGCGAGAUUGUCACAGCAGCAGCUGCGGCGGCGGCGACCUCCCAAAAAGUCACCUAUGCCAUCCAGAAAAAGGGAGUCACAAGUGGGGGAGCCACCACUACAUCCAUUGGACCCAACACGGUCAUUACGCUGUCCAAUGUGAAGGUGCAGAAUGAUGACAGCUCCUCCGGGGGCAGUGGCACUUCGGGAUCCAGUGUGAACAUCAUCAACACUGUCAGUGGCCAGCAGCUGGCGGUGCACAGCAUUGCUGGGAUGCAGCAGCAGGUGCAACAGGUGACCACCAGUACGCCACUGCUUGUCGCCACACCCUCGCGCAACAAUGUGCAGCAGCAACAGCAGCAGCUGAUGCAGCAGCAACCACUUGUGUGGCGUCAGGUAAGCGGCACGAACACGGCGGUGGCCACCACAGCGGUGCUAUCCACCACGGUGGACUCCUCGCCAAAGGCGGUAACCAAUCAGAUCGUCUUUACCAAUCGGCCAACCCAGAAGAGGCAGCUCAACGGACCAGAGAAUACAGACGUCAACAAACUCCUGCUCAAUCGGAGAUUCCUGCGCAAGCAGCAGCUGCACCAACAGCAGGUCCAACUGACCAAGCAGCAGAUCCAACAAUUGGUGCAGCACGAGGAACUGGACGAACUGGUGGCCACGACGACUGGCAACAGCGGCGAUCAGAUGGACACGGGCGAUGCCCUGCAGCAGCAGCAACAACAACAACAGCAGCAGAAGCUCAGCAAGGUGAUCAAGAUGUCACAGUUACCGAUGAUCGUGCCGGAUGUCAACCUGCAACAGCAACAGCCGUUGUCUGGUCAAGGCCAGCAGCAACAACUGAAGCCGAACUCGGCGGCAGCGAUAGCGGCUAAUCACAACUACAGCCUGCAUCCCGCCUCAACGGCCAUCAUCACCGCCCAGGCGACACCCCAGCAGGCCAACAAGAUCUUUGUGACCAGCAGCAACAGCAGUGGCGGCGGAUCCGCUGGCAACUUCACCAUCGCCUUGACCAGCGAACUGCAAGCGGCAGCGGCCAAUCAGAAGCUUCAGUACAAGGAGCUUCCCAACUCAAAUCUCAAGCUGAACUUUGUAAGCAGCGCCGGCUCCGGUGAACAAGCGCAGCAGGUGGGCGCCACCACAGUGCUGCUGAAUAAAUCCCAGCAGCAGCAUCAGAAGCUGAAAACGCUGGCGACCACGGGAAAUUCACAAACCGGCCAGGGAGACAAACGAGUGCUGUACACCAGUCUGCUGAAUGUGAAGCCGCUGCAGAAGAACAACAGUGGUCAGAUGCAGAUGCAACUGGGUCCAGGCGGAUUGCAGCAGGUGCUCCGAGGACGGCUCAACAAUUCGGCAAUCAUAACUAGGACCCUGCCGCUGGGCACCACUGUAAAUAGUACUGGUGGUGCCGUGGGACCCACCACCACCACUAUUAGGCAGUUGGUUACGACGAAUGCCAAUAAUGUGAACACCCAGGAUGGCAGCCUGCUGAGUGCCAAGGAAGUAGGCAAGGCCCUGACUGUGGAGCAGGUGAUUGCCAGUGCUAACAACGGGGGAGUGGUGCUGCCCACCAGCAACAACAAUAAUAACAACAAUGGCAGUGGAGCGGGUGGAAAUGGAGGAACUGUGAGCAGCGGUGUGAAUGUCACGGGAGCUGGCGGAGGGGGAGCUGCUGGCACGGGAGCAGGGGGAGUGGGUGUGACGUCCACCAUCAACAGAUGAGACGCGGACGGAAGCGGCAGCAGCAGCUAACAUCGAGCGCAACCCCCAUUGCAACUGCCCAGCGGCACUUCGCUCAGUUUGGCAGCGACGCAAACGGAGGCGGAAACCCAGGC